AUGUCGCUGCCUGACUUCUAUCCCGCCUCGCCCAAGGAGGCGCUGGCCAAGCUGUACGUGGGCAAGUCCAUCGGCGACGUGCCCACGCCCGCCGCCGUCCUCAACGUCUCCGCCGCGCGCCGCAACUGCGACCGCAUGCUGCAGGCCUGCGAGCAGCUCGACCUCGGAUGGCGCGCGCACGUCAAGACGCACAAGACUGUCGAAUUGACGCGCCUGCAAGUUGGCAAUGAUGCCAAGCGCCCGGCCAACCUGGUCGCCUCGACACUGGCCGAGGCAGAAUUCCUGCUGCCCCUUCUCAAGGAGUACCGGAGCCAGGGCCGGCGCGUGAACAUCCUGUACGGCCUUCCCUUCCCGAAAAACGCCCUCUCCCGCUUCUCCGCCAUCGCCAAGGCCCUCGGUGAGGGCAGCGUCUCCAUCCUGCUCGACGACCCGGCUCAGCUGCCCAUUGCGUCCCAGAUCAAGGAGCUGUCUGGCGUGGCGCCGCAUGCCUACCUCAAGGUCGACAUGGGCGGUCGCCGGGCCGGCAUCCCCGUGGACAACGCGCAGUUUGUGGCUGUCACGGACGCCGCGCUCGACGCCCACAGCCAAGGAAGCAUUGUUCUCUCAGGCCUGUAUUCUCACGCGGGGCACUCGUACGGCGGAGAUAGCCGCGCGGCGGCCAUCAAGAUGAUGGGCGCCGAGCUCAGCGCGCUGCUGGACGGAGCGGACCGCGUGCGCAGCAAGGUUGCUGAGAAGGGCACGGCCAACCCUCCGUCACUGACCCUGUCGGCUGGAGCGUCGCCGACUGCCCUCGCUGUCCAGAACCUGGUAUCUGGCAAGCACGGCGACGACGACGUCACUCCCGAGCUACAGGCUGAAGUCGACUCCCUGACUUCGCUAUUCAACACAAUCAAGGGCAAGGGCCACGGCGUCGAGAUCCACGCAGGCGUGUACCCGACGCUUGACCUGCAGCAGCUCGCCGCGCACAGCAUCAAGGCUUCGCACCUCUCAUGGGGUGACAUCGCCUUCACGCUGGUCGCCGAGGUGCACAGCAUUUACACCGGCCGCGGCGCCGACGGCACGGACGAGGGCCUCGUGGGCGCUGGCUGCCUGGCCCUAGGCCGAGAGACGUGCAAGGCCUACAAGGGGAUGGCCAUCCCGACGCCGUGGGGCCGCGAAGGCGUGGAGCUGCCGACGUGCGACGUGGAGGACUACACGGGGUGGAUGGUCGGCUGGGUGUCUCAGGAGCACGGAAUCCUCCAGUGGCGCUCUGGCGGGAAGAAGGAGGUCACGGAGGCGGAGAAGAAGCUCGAGGUCGGGCAGAAGCUGAGGCUGUGGCCGAACCACGCAUGCAUCACAGGAAGCCACUUUGGCUGGUACUUUGUGGUGGACGAGGAGAAGGGGGAUGAGAUUGUGGACAUUUGGGUGCGCACGAGGGGAUGGUAG